AACUACAACUCGCCGUCUCAGUAACAGGCGGGAGCCGCAGCAUUUCGGAGUUGCGCUGUUCGCUACCUGAUCGCCAGGCUGGGGACAUUGGACGUGCUCAGAAGACGCGGGCGCUGACGAAGCGGCCUCGCCGCGGCUGCACCGGGAUCCUGGACCAGACCCGCCGCCUCUCUGGGAGCGCGCCACUCUUCCGUAGCCGCUGACCUGCCGGCGGCCGCCGAAGCCGCCCCGCGGGGACAUUCAUUCUUGCCGCUUGCCUCUCUCCAGACUGAGCUUAGCGGCUGCGUUGUAGGGGUUUUGUCCCCUUCUGCUUCUUCUUCUUUUUUUUUUCCUUUCUCCUUUUUUUUUUUUUUUUUUCUUCUUUUUUUUUUUUUUUUUUUAUUUCUUUUUUUUUUUCCCUCUCUCUGUGCGUUUUGCCUAUGUUCGGGAAACCAGACAAAAUGGACGUCCGGUGCCACUCGGACACCGAGGCCGCCCGGGUCUCGAAGAACACGCAUAAGGAGAGCCGCGAGAUCAAGGGCGCGGAGGGGAACAUCCCGGCCGCCUUCCUCAAGGAGCCGCAGGGCGCCUUUUCCGCGUCGGGCGCUGCGGAAGAUUGUAACAAAAGUAAAUCCAAUUCCGCAGCGGACCCGGAUUACUGCCGCCGGAUCCUGGUCCGAGAUGCCAAGGGGUCCAUCCGAGAGAUCAUCCUGCCCAAAGGCUUGGACCUGGACCGGCCCAAGAGGACACGAACGUCCUUCACGGCGGAGCAGCUCUACCGGCUGGAGAUGGAGUUCCAGCGCUGCCAGUAUGUGGUGGGCCGCGAGAGAACAGAGCUCGCCCGGCAGCUCAACCUCUCUGAAACCCAGGUGAAGGUCUGGUUCCAGAACCGGCGCACCAAGCAGAAGAAGGACCAGGGCAAGGACUCGGAGCUGCGCUCGGUGGUAUCGGAGACCGCGGCCACGUGCAGCGUGCUGCGGCUGCUGGAGCAGGGCCGCCUGCUGUCGCCGCCUGGUCUGCCCGCGCUGCUGCCACCGUGUGCCACGGGCGCUCUCGGGUCUGCGCUGCGCGGGCCUAGCUUACCCGCCCUGGGCGCGGGCGCCGCGGCCAGCUCGGCAGCCGCCGCCGCCGCCGCCGCCCCAGGCCCCGCGAGCGCCACAUCUCAGCACCCGCCGGCUGUGGGCGGCGCUCCCGGGCCGGGGCCCGCUGGGCCCGGGGGACUGCACGCGGGAGCGCCGGCCGCCGGCCACGGCCUCUUCAGUCUGCCGGUGCCCUCGCUGCUUGGCUCGGUCGCCAGCCGCCUGUCCUCCGCCCCAUUGACAAUGGCUGGUUCGCUAGCCGGAAAUUUGCAAGAACUCUCCGCCCGAUAUCUGAGCUCCUCGGCCUUCGAGCCUUACUCCCGGACCAACAAUAAAGAAGGGGCCGAGAAAAAAGCGCUGGACUGAUUUUAAGUGUUUCCCUGUAUUUAUAUUUAUAGUAUCUAUUGUGGUGAUUAUUUAUGGACUCUAGCGCGUUAGGCGCCCAGGGCUCCUGCGCAGGCCUCCUGGCUCCCACCAGGCCUCUGAC